UCCUCGCUGCGGCGUGAGAUCCGAGCCGGACAGAGCUGAGCAUCACAGAGCCGAGCCUGACAGAGCUCAGACGAACCGAGCCGAGCCGAGCCGAGCCUGACCAAGCUGAGUUGAGCUGUGCCGAUUCGAACCCAUCAGGGUCAAGUCGAGCAAAAUUGAGUCGGUCCAGCUGAACCUCAGUGCACCUCUCCGGGUCGAACCGAGCCGAGCCAUGCUGCUGGGCGUGCUGGGCCACCUGCCGCUGGCCCUGGCGCGGGCGGUGCUGGCGGCGCUGCGCGGGCAGCUGAGCGCGCUGUGCUGGGGGCUGGUGCCCCUCGUUCUGCCCCUGCCCUCCUGGAGGCGGCGUCCGGGCUGCAGCCCCAGCACCCCCGUGACACCCCGGGAGGACCAGGACGAGACGGUCCCGACGCCCACCAGCGUCAAUUACCACUUCACCAGGCAGUGCAACUACAAGUGCGGUUUCUGCUUCCACACGGCCAAGACCUCCUUUGUGCUGCCCCUGGAGGAAGCCAAGCGGGGGUUGGCGAUGCUCAAGGAGGCAGGAAUGGAGAAAAUAAAUUUCUCAGGAGGAGAACCAUUUCUUCAGGACAGAGGUGAAUUUGUAGGCCAGCUGGUCCGGUUCUGCAAGGAGGAGCUGAAGCUGCCAAGCGUCAGCAUUGUGAGCAAUGGCAGCCUGAUCAGAGAACGGUGGUUCAAGAAGUAUGGUGAAUAUUUAGACAUUCUAGCAAUUUCAUGUGAUAGUUUUAAUGAGGAAGUCAACGUUUUAAUUGGCCGUGGUCAAGGAAAGAAGAACCACGUGGAAAAUCUGCAUAAACUGAGGCAGUGGUGCCGAGAGUAUGCUGUUGCUUUCAAAAUAAACUCCGUGAUCAACAGAUUUAAUGUUGAGGAAGAUAUGAAUGAGCAGAUCAAGGCACUCAACCCUGUGCGCUGGAAGGUGUUCCAGUGUCUGCUUAUUGAAGGGGAGAACAGUGGGGAAGAUGCUCUGAGAGAAGCAGAUAAAUUUGUUAUCAGUGAUGAAGACUUUGAGCAAUUCCUGAAACGCCACAAAGGUGUCCCCUGUUUGGUACCUGAAUCUAAUCAGAAGAUGAGGGAUUCAUACCUCAUUUUGGAUGAAUACAUGCGUUUUCUAAACUGUAGAAAUGGAUGGAAAGAGCCUUCCAAGUCUAUCCUGGACAUUGGUGUAGAAGCGGCAAUAAAAUUCAGUGGAUUUGAUGAAAAGAUGUUCCUAAAACGAGGAGGAAAGUAUGUGUGGAGUAAAGCAGACAUGAUUCUGGACUGGUAACUCAGUACACUGAGUUGUGACGUGCAUUUUGGAAAGAAAAUUGUGUAAAUAUGUAUAUUUAUAUAGGUGUAUAUAUAUGUUGAAUGCUGUUAAAUACAAUAUGGUAUACCAUACAGACUGAUGUAUAACUCAAUACAUGAACAUGUUAAAUGUUUUUAGGAUGUAGAUUAUCUUCUUGCCUAUUCACUGGUUGAACGUUACUGAGCACCUACAGAGCCCUUCCAGGACUUAAGGGCAAACCAUUAAAAUGUUGUUACACAGUAUCUCACACAGUGUUAAGAUAAGUGUGCUUGCAAGAAAAACAAACAAACAAACUCAUUAUAAAAAGUUGGAGUGGUUGAUAAGUGGAAACUCAUAUGAGGAAAUGUGUUUACGGAAAGGUUUUUGCAGUUCCUUACUGGCUCACAAGAGGGCCCACGGGCAAUCCUUUGAAAACAGCCCGCUUCUUUUUCAGGGGUAACAGAGGGUCAGAAUCUUGUUAUCGUUAUAUGUACUUAACAGGAAAUCAGGAUUUUAGAAGAUAUCAUUUUUCACUUUUAAAGACUGAACUGUUAAAAGCAUCUGUUGUUUCUCUCCCUCUCCUCCAUAUAUACAUAUGGCAUUUGCAAAAAUGUUGGGAGAUGUAAUUUUCUCUGGUAACAUUGUUUUUAGUCAUGUGAGACUAUUAUGUCUCCUAAAACAUGAAAAUGAAUUUUACCCAAUGACAAGCAACUUCUUGGUUCACACUGACAAUGACCUUAGUUCUGACAAAGAUUUACAGUGAAAACAAUGUUUGCAUUUUAUUCAUAACUUUGUCCAUACUCCUUUUAUCUGCAAAAAUUGAUUUAUUAUUUUUAAUAGCUUUGUGCACACAAAUCUGUUGAAGAUCCUUUCUGAAAUGAGUGAAUAAUAUGUAAGGCACUUCAUGCGUGUCUUCUCUUGAAUACAGGCAGUGCUUCUUCCCGUGCUUUCUGUUUUGCUAAGGCAUAGAUGUGCAAACAACAAGGCUCAUAUAUCAUGUGCCCUUCUUUUAAGGGUUGCUGAUUCUUACCUGCUGGUUGCCAACUGGCAGAUACUGAGUGAAACUGAUGGGGUUUUGUGAUGGCUCUUUCUGGUUUGAAGAGCUAGCAGCAUCAAUAUAAAGUAGAAAAUAGACAAAUAAAAACACCCUGAGAUAAUUAAA